CAUUUCGGACCGGAAAUAAGGUGAAGUCUGAAGGAUCUACGCUCAGAAGAGCGGCAGUUCUUCCUGUUUAUGUGGGUUUUUGUUUUUCUUUUGGACCUGGACAGGCUGUUACUUGCCGGCGACAUUCAGCGAAACCAAAACCGCUCCACGUGAAAUUGGAUGUAACUCAAGGUGGCUUACAGAGAACAUGUAUUACUAAGUGGAUUAAAAUAUAAUAAAUAAAUGGAAAUUAGCAUUUUAAAACCAAGUGAAAAAAGCAUGCAACCAAAAAGGACAUCACAACCAAGAUUAAAACUUGUAAAAAUAACUGAACACAGUAAGUAGAAAGGGGUACUUCAAAUAUGGAGGAAGAUGCUGAACCUCUUCUAAUCCCUGUUGGGAAUGAUGAAACUGAUGUUGGAAUUCUCAAUAUUCAGUUUAGCCCUGAAGACCUGAAAUGGAAAAGGCCAUUCCACGUAGAGCCUACAAAUAUUGUUGGUGCAAGUGAUGAUUCGCAGAGAGUUUCUGACGAAGCUUCCGCAAUGAAUAAGCGGAUUCACUACUACAGACGUCUCACUUCACCUUCAGAUAGAAGAUUGGCUGCUCCUGAUCAUGUAGUUCCUGCUCCAGAAGAAAUCUAUGUGUACAGUCCAUUAGGAACUGCUCUCAAAAUAGACGGUUUUAGCGAAGGUCAUGAGAAAAACUCAAGCACAGUAACAAUAUUUAUGAUCUGGAAUACAAUGAUGGGUACAUCUAUAUUAAGUAUUCCCUGGGGAAUAAAACAGGCAGGAUUUACUACUGGAAUUAGUAUUAUUAUGCUAAUGAGCAUAUUGACCCUUUACUGCUGCUACAGAGUUCUGAAAUCCAGGACAAUGAUACCUGCAAUAGAUACUGGAACUUGGGAAUUCCCAGAUGUUUGCAAGUAUUAUUUUGGAUCUUUUGGACAAUGGACUAGCCUUUUAUUUUCAUUGAUCUCUCUCAUUGGAGCCAUGGUGGUUUACUGGGUACUCAUGUCCAAUUUCCUUUUCAACACGGGGAAAUGUAUUUAUAAUUAUUUUCACGAUAUUAAUGUAACAGAUAUUGUUCCUGGUACAAAUGGGAGCAACAGAGUAAUAUGUCCAGGUGAUGGUGGUCCAAAUAUAACUGGAAACAAAACUUUUAUGUUUGCUUCUAACAGCAGUACAGGAUUUGAGACAUUUGAAGAGUGGUGGAAUAAAUCGGAAACAGUCCCAAUUUACUUGAGUGUCAUUCUUCUGCUAUUGAAUUUUAGAUCUCCAUCUUUCUUUGCCAAAUUUAAUAUCUUAGGUACCAUUUCAUUAAUUUAUUUAAUUAUCCUUGUUACCACGAAAGCUGUGCUUUUGGGAUUCCAUUUAGAAUUCAACUGGUCCAAUACGAGUGACUAUUUUGUCCCAGAAUUCAGGAUUCUGUUUCCUCAGCUUACAGGAGUGCUGACCCUGGCCUUCUUUAUUCAUAAUUGUGUCAUUACACUGCUUAAGAAUAACAAGAAUCAAGAAAACAAUGUAAGAGAUCUUUCCAUUGCCUAUUUGCUGGUAUCUUUAACAUACCUCUAUGUUGGCGUGUUAAUCUUUGCUGCUUUCCCAUCUCCACCACUGAGUAAAGAAUGCAUAGAACAGAAUUUUUUAGAUAAUUUCCCCAGUAAUGACGUCAUGUCAUUUCUUGCAAGAAUAUCCCUGCUGUUUCAGAUGGUCACUGUGUAUCCACUGCUUGGCUACUUGGCAAGAGUUCAGCUUUUUGGACAUGUCUUUGGAAAUGUUUACCCAAGUUGUUUCCAUGUGCUGCUUUUCAACCUAGCUGUGGUGGGAAUUGGCAUCCUGAUGGCCAGAUUUUAUCCAAAUAUAGGAGGAAUUAUAAGAUACUCUGGAGCAACUUGUGGCCUGGCUUUUGUAUUUGUGUACCCAUCGCUUAUCUACAUAAUCGCUUUGCAUCGGGAAAAUCGGCUGACAUGGUUGGCACUAAUUGUUCACAUUUUGAUCAUCCUCCUAGGACUAGCUAACCUGAUUGUGCAGUUCCUAAUAUGAAAGUAAAUCUUAGAUCAAUUUCUUUCUUUGCAAGAGCUGCUAUGAAUUUGAAAAGAUCACCUUGAGCCAACAGGAUUGCAAAGAGUAUGUACUUGCCCUCUUAUGGGAGUUCUUUCUUGCUCCAAAGAAAAGUGUAGGUGCAGCAACAGCAAAACAACCUCUUCAAGAAAUUGAUGAUGCACCUUAGGACAUGGCACACCAUGGCAAAUUGAAGUGACAAUGUAAAUUCCUGAUGCACCUUCAAGAAGUAUCAGGAAUAAUUUGGGAGAAAUCAAAAUUACUUUUUAAGGUUUUUUUUCACAUGGAAAAAGCCAUCUAACAAACUUUAUGUAUAGAAAAUGUUACUAUGUAUCUUUCCAGCAACCUAACAGAAUUAAGGGAUGUUACUGAUUUUUAAAAUUCUACAUGUUUUUAAGCAGUAGUGAUAUGAAAAUUCCAUGGUGACAUGGUUUUACUGGCAGCUUGAAGUGUAAUGCAGAAUAUUACUAACAGUCUUAAAGUUGUAUCUUUGUUGUGAUAGUUCUUUGAAAAAUUAAGUCAUAAUGUGGAUUGCCCUUGUCUAAAAUACCUAGAUAUACUUAAGAACUUUUUUGUCAGGAUUUGAGGUUCUUUCUUUGGAAAGAAAUGUCAACCCCAUUCUAUCCUCUACUUGGAAGAUUCAUUGGAGAGCUAAAAUUCAUUGGAAAAGUUCUGUGGUAUUUAAAGUAAUGAUGAAACGUCUUAUUUAUAAUUUCAGACUUUACCAUGUAUGUGCACAACUGCCCCCACUCCCAUAUUAUGAUUAUGAAAAUAUCCACCCAUUUUCAGGCACAAUUCAAAAGACUGCUUUAAUUUUUCAAGCCUAAACUUGAAUAGACCUAACAAUCUUAGGGAUUCUCUCUACAAGGGUUUACUCCAUCAUAUUGUUUGAAGCUUCAGCAUCCAGAUUUUUUGUGGGGUUGAGAUCCUUUACAUGCUGAUUUUUUCUGUUUUUUCUUUUUCUGCAUUUCUGUAUGUAUUGUGUAUGUCCAUUACAAAAGCACAAGGUGUCACUGUGGUAUAGUGGAAUUGUGCAAAGAAACACACCUCUUACACAUGAGUCUUAUUCUAGUCAUUCAGCCAUUUAAUAAUAGCAGAAUUUAUUCAAUUUAAUAAAAGCCAUGAAAAUGGUGGCAAAGAAUGGGAGAGUAUGACAAGGUCAUAUAAAGCUCCCUCAAAGUAUUGCAGAAUCACAAGCACACAAUAAAUGCUUUGUACAGAGACGCCCCUAUACAGUAUCAUGGAGGUGGAAGUACAUUCUCAGAGCAACAGUCAGCAAAUCAUACCCAUGCUCAGCAGGGGAAGAUAUAAAUAUCCAAGAAGAAAAUAGAAAAACAGUGGAAAAAGAAGGAACACUUCAGAACCUGGUAGCAGCACCACAGCCACCAAUGGGUGGAAGCAUGAGUGGCGUUGCACACUGUCAAAACACACAGGUGACCAGUAAAGUCAGGAUGAUUGGUGCACAGCUCCUGUAUCACCACACCCAACAUGAUGCCAGAGUGCCCCCUAUUCCAGGAGCACCAAUGCAUAGUACAUGAUGAUGGGAGGGGUGUGGAAAUUUCCUCACUCAUUUUCUGCAUACCUGGUAAAAAUAAAUGUCAGAGCAAAACUGAGGAGUUUCCUGGAAUUGAAUCCCAUAAUUCGGGCAGCACCUUUCUAACCAGACAAAGCAGGACCUGCAGCAGUUGCUCAUAUAAUGGAGCAUUUAUCCUGCUCACAUUUGUAUAUAUAAAAAGCUGCAAGAGGAACCUUGCUAUGGUGGAGGAGCUCAUGUUGCACAUUCUUGUGACUUAAUAGGCCCCUGCAACACUGCUGAAUCAAUUGGAAGGACCACUGCAUGACCUAUUAACUUAUCUUAGACAACUCUUCUGGUUCCUUCCUUUCCUGGCAAUCCAUUUAAUCAAUUCAUCCCCCACCACCCAUAUUGUCGGAUAGGUGCAUCCCCUUUCUCUUCUCAUUCCACUGUCUCCCCUGCCCCCAGCAGACUUCAUUUGGCAGCCGCCUAUCUGUAAACCCAGACAUGCUUGCCCACAUGCACUCCAGGGAACCAGUGGGCAGAGGGAGACUACUUUCCUCCCACCCCAUUCGCUGAGUUCCAUCCGGAGACCUGGUGAAUCAUUACCAAAACAGUCACUACAUUAUCCUUCCCCAAUUUUAUGCCUUGGACUUCAACGUAGUCAGCAUGUUGGGGAUUAUGAGAGUUGUAGUGUGAAGCAUGGAGAUGCACCAGAUUGAGGAAGGCUGGAUUAAGGUAUAUUCCAAGUCCAUAUUAGUGAUUACUGUUAAUAUUUUGAUUUCUUAUAUUACAUGAGGUCCAUUUAUAAGGGACUUUUCUGGCUGAGCCCUUGUUAGUGCCAAGUAAUUUUGUGUCAGUAUAGUUGUUUUGAGAAUCAGCAUGCUUGCCUUCUAGACAGAAUGUUCACAUGGUAAGUCUUCAUAAGAGAUGGAUUGUGAAAGGUGUGUGCAUGUUGCACACUUGUUGAAACAUGAUAGCAUUCCUGUACAGCCAGUGUGCGUUUCUUCCUGCUGGAUUUCCCAGUCUGGAAAUCCCCCAUAGUUAGGACAUGGUUUGUGUUGCUGCACUACUUCCUAUCUGGCCACUCUAUUUAAUCCUGAAAUUACUUCAGGGUACACUCACUGACACAAUGACAAGCCUACAAAAAUAAUCUACUGUCAUUAACAGAGGGCACAUAGGAGAAGUGAAGCAUUGUGUGUAAGCACGUGCAUGUGCAGUCUCUCUAUUCAAACACUGCCUUCGGCUUCUGUGUGCUCAGGAGGCAGUUCCUGCAACCUGGGACUUUACCAAGUGGCUUCUCUCUCCUCCAGUUCAAGGAGCAGGGAGCAAAUGAAUGAAAUUAAUGUAGAUACUUGUGUAAUCCCUUUGCUAGUUUUGGAUUCUCCUCCAGUGCCAGCUAAUGGAGACAAACUGUCUAGAGCCAUUGGCAUUUGGUUCCUUGGAUCGGCUUUGGUGUGGCUCAACUUGAAACAACAAUGUGGGAAACUGUUAAAAAAGGGAAAUAAAUUAGUGCUGUUUUAAUUUUUUAAAAAAACAUCUUGUGUGUGUUUGGAGUUUUUUCCAUGUAAAAUGAAAGAUGCAUAAACUGUACCAUUUGCUACACUUCCCUAUGGUAGAAAUGCAGAUGGCUGAUCACAGGUGCUUACAAUUACUGGAGCCUACAUGGACUUUGAGAAGCCCAGAAUAGUAAGCUACAGAAAAGUAUUAUUGAGUUGCCAAGUGUUAUGACUUCAUUGAAGUCUCAACAUAGCUGGAACAAAUGAUUAAAAGUUGCAAGGUCUUACAUA